AUGGAGAGCAAGAAGCGGGCGGAGCGGCGCAGGGCGUGUGAUCUGCGGAAGAAGGCCGCCGCCGCCGAGGAGGAGCGGGUGCGGGCAGCGGAGCAGCUCCUCGAACUCCAAACGCUCGCGAAGACCACUCUCCUUCAAGACCAGCAGGCGCAGGCCAUGCUCUUUUACGGCCACGCAGCGCUCGGCCAGCACAUGAUCAUCCCCGGCACCGGCGCGGCCUCGGGGGGGAGCUCGGCCUCGUCCGUGACCCGGCCCCUUCCUCCAAGGUCAACUGCCCCACCGACUACCCCGUUUGGGCACGAAAUGGGGGCGCAUUCAGGGCGGCAGGCGUACCAGUCACGGGAUGGGUCACCGGAGGGCCUCACACAAGCCGCAGCUGCACAAGCUCGAGCCCGCCGGGUAAGCAAACGAACCGCCAACUACACGGAGAAGGAGGACAAGGUGCUCGUCGAUGGAUGGUUGACCAUCGGGCAAGAUGCGUUGACGGGUGCCGAGCAGAAGGGGACCGCAUUCUGGCGCCGGAUCUAUGAAUACUUCCAUGAACAUCGCAAAUAUGGACAGGAGCCAUUUGAGAGCGACCGCAGCGAAAUAUCGCUCCAAAAGAGGUGGGGAGCAAUUCAAACGGAAUGCAACAAGUUCCAGGCGGCGUAUGAUAACGCGAAGCGGAUCCCCGUUAGUGGCAUGGGUGUGAAGGACUUGGUGUGGCGAGCUUUGGAAUUCUACAAAGUCAACAAUGGAGAGAAGACCUUUGCCUUCCCUCAUUGUUGGAAGGAACUCCACGGCACCCCCAAGUUCCAGGAGGGGUACGAGGGGUACAUGGCGACCUUGACUGGCAACAAUCCCGCCAAAGAUGCCACGGUCAUUGACCUUGAUGGUGGGCAGCCUUGCGGUAGCUCCGCUUCUCGUGCAAGUCGUCCACGCGGCCACAAGUCAACCAAAGCCGACAUGAAGCGUGAUGCUUCGUCCAUGCUAUUGUAUGGCACUUUGAAGGAGAUGCAUGCAGACAGAGAGGUGUCCACGGACAAGAGGGAUGAGAGGAGGCGCCGGGAGAAAGAAGAGGACAGGAAGAAAUUCUUUGAUGUCCAGCAGAAGAAGCUUGAGAUUGAAGAGGUCAAGGCCAAGACCAAAGCUAAAGAACUUGAGCUCAAAGAGAGAGAACUUGAGCUUAUAGCAAUGGCAAGGGCCAAAGAGGUGGAGCUGAAGGCGAAGGAAGUUGAGCUCAAACGCCAAGCCGAGGACAACCUCAUCAUGAACACCGACUUGACCAACAUGAGCGAGGCAAAGAGAGAUUGGUUCGAGAAGAGACAGAAGGAGAUCCUCGAGCGCCCAAAUUGAGUUAGACAAUCUCAAUUGUAAUUUUUAUAUUUUUCUCAAACUAUGGCACAUUUUAUUUGAUUUAUCAUGGUACAUUUGAUAAUAUUUUAUGCUAUUUG